AUGGCCAGCGGCAGAAGAAUCGAACCGGUGGAUUCAUUAUCAGGCAAAGGACCAUUAUGUCUUAGCUGCAAUAAAGUUGUUCAACCACGUGACUGUAAUCAUGUAACAGCUUGUGGGGAGCAUGAGAAAUGUUACGUCCAAAGAGAGAUAACAGAAAGUGGAAUAGCAUGGUAUAGUGUAGGAUGUUCAGAUGCACAGCGUUGUGCCGUUCCCAUCGGCAUCGGAAAACGCCAAAGUAACGAAAAGGACAAAUCAUACAGUUUAAACUCUAUGAAUAGUUCAAGUGAUGCCAACAAUAUUUCUGAGGAUUCUGUUUCUGAGGAUUCUGUUAUUGUAUGUACUUCAUGUUGUACCGAUGGACAUCUCUGUAACAGAAAGGGUUGUGGAUCUCCAGAACGAUUACCAAUAGAAGGAAUUGUAUGUUACAACUGUGACCAACAAGCAACACCAGAUAUGUGUGAUGAUAUAACGUUAUGUGGACCAGAUAAGAAUUGUUAUUUAGAAAAAAUACAGAUUGGAAGGGAUCAUUUAUUUUCUACGAAAUGUAUUCAAAAGUCGACCUGUAAAAGUAGUUCUAGUACAGCCAGAUGUUGUGGUACAGAGCUAUGCAAUGAUCAUCUUCUAUUCAACGCCACGACAGAUUUUACAAACCAGACAACACACCGAGUGGCAACAACAACUAGUACUCCAACCCAGACUCAGAUUUCUCAAUCUCUUACUACAACAACAGGCAUGCGAUGUUCGUACCAAUGGCAUUAUCAUGAAAGUUCAAAAUAUUGCUACCUGGAAAAUGAAUCUGUGAUGACACUUAUUGAAGCGAGAGAAACAUGCAAAAGAUAUGGACAACAUCUUCCGAUCAUAGAAAACUUAAACGAGCAAGACUUUAUCAAAUCUAUAAUGGAACCUAUGCAUGUAACAAUCUGGUUAGAUGGUACGGAUAUUACAAAUGAAGGGAAGUGGGUGUGGUAUACCACAGGUCAGCCCAUUGGAUAUUUCAACUGGAGUCCAGGACAACCAGACCAUUACUUUGGGGUCCAUAGAGAAAACUGUAUGGACUAUGGACCCGAGUACAACAUGCAAUGGAAUGACGCACCGUGUCAUAAUAAUUCCAGAAAACAUAAAGUACUAUGUGAGGGAGGGUAA